GGGUGCCUGCUGCUGGUGGCUACACAGAUCCAUUUGCAUUGGAAUAGCUUCUGGACACCAGAGGAGGAGCAAGCCUUUUGCCAGGAAACCUACACUGCAAGUGGGGCCAGAGUUGACCUUGAACCUGAGGGACAAUGAAGUGCAGAACAGGACAGGCACUGGGCACCAUCCCCAGGCAGCACAAACUUCUCCUUCUGUUGCUGCUGUUGGGCCUAGUGGAUGGUGUCCAGCAUGUACUUUCCUCCAGUUCAACACGAAGGAGUAGAGCCAUGGGCCCAGGAGCUUCAGUGGGAAGCAGCAGAACUAGUCUGUGGACUCUGCCAGGCAGGUUUCUGCUCCAGGCCAUCUCACCGGGAACAGGCCCCAGAUGCUGGCCCCAUAGGUUUCCUUCUAAGCCCCAGUCAUUUUAUGUCUUUGGUGGUGGGACCCAGCUCACAGUACUAGGUCAGCCCAAGUCUGACCCCUUGGUCACCCUGUUCCUGCCUUCCCUAAAUGAUCUGCAGGCCAACAAGGCCACUCUGGUAUGUCUGGUGAGCGAAUUCUACCCAGGUACUUUGGUGGUGAACUGGAAGGUAGAUGGAAUCCCUGUCACGAAGGGUGUAGAGACGACCCAACCCUCCAAGCAGACCAACAACAAAUACAUGACCAGCAGCUACCUGACACUGAUGCCUCACCAGUGGACGCCUCACAGCAGAUACAGCUGCCAGGUCACUCAUGAAGGGAACACUGUGGAGAAGAGCGUGUCACCUGCUGAGUGUUCUUAGACCGAGAUCCCCAGUGAAGCCACAGGGGCCUGAAUCUGAAGUGCCAGAAAUGUCUUUUUUUUCUUUUUCUUUCUUUCUUUCUUUCUUUUUUUUUUUUUUUUUGCCACUCACCAUCCC